AUGAAAGCAACGAUAGCUACCACCGACCACAAGACCACAUCACAACCAAUGCUUCAACAAGGACUCUCACAUUUAGCUGCUUUCUUUGCCAGUAUUCACAGUGCCUUUUUGCUUCUUUUUCUGACUGUUGUCAAAAAGAAAAAACCAAGCAGUUUACAACCGCAGAUGCAAAUUGAAAAGUCUCAUCAAUGA